AUGCCUACAUCGCCAUCUAAUGUGCUAAGCGCACGCACGCUCGAGUACCUUUUCCACCACGUUUGUUUGCCUCCAAAACUACCUGAUGGGGAUGAUACAUCGGUUGCGAACGAGACUGUAUUGAUCAAAUAUGUACUCGAGACCCUGUCAGAAUACCUACAAGAAACGGAGCUUAUCUGCCAGCGAGCUGUCAUGACUGCAACUGCAAUGGUAGAGAACAUGAUAGCUGGAAGAGACGACAAGGGUUUUGUCAAAGAAGGCAAAUUGCUGGACAUUCUGACGCAGCUCCUUUCCCCUGACACUGCUGCGCCAUUCCACAUCAGGGCACAGAAUGCGGGGGUAUUGCUUCGACGAGACAAGGAUAUGGCCAUAUUCGAGUUGUUUGAGCUCUCUCCCACCAACCAAGCCGUCUAUGCGACUAAAGGACGUCUCAUUCGCCACUUUCCGGCGACUGCAAUUGGCGUUCCUCUGGAAACAUUCACCGAUGAAUCAUUCCAGAAAGUCCUAGCCAAAACCAUGGCCAAGAUGAGUUACGAGGCAGUUCACGAAAUCAUUCCAAAGGCGCGAAAGGCGGAACAAGUUCAUGAUGAAGAACGCGAAACCAACGACCCACGAAUUGUCACGGAGUUGUUGAGCAGCUUCCUCCAAGGAGUCGGCCAUCCGAUUGCCGUUCCUGGAGUGAGUAAGAAUACUAGGGAGGAUGUCAUUUACAAGAAUUCCAAGCUUCCUUGGAGACGAUCUCCCGUUUGGCUCCUCAUCCGCUGUUCCCUUCAUCUGACCAUGGACCGCAUGGCUGUCAGCUCAGAAGAAAUCUACAAGUCCUUCAUGGUUUUCCUUCUCAGCCGCCUGCUCAGAGAUGCGACAAACCUGCACUCUGCAAGCGAGACUCUCAGAAUCAUGUCCACCAAAGUGUCAAGGCGACUUUUGAAGCUGCAACACCCUGUCCCUGGAACAUGGCUGUCGAAAGUCCAUGACUCUGUAUGCUUAGCCUCCCGUCUGGUGUGUGAGCGAUGGCAAUCAAUUCGCAACUAUUGUCAGCCAAAGCUCGAAUUGGAGGCCCUCACAACUCUCAACAUGGAUCAAGAUGUGUACAUCAAUCUCCAGGGAUUGAAUGACUUCAUUUCUUCCCUAUCAAAACGCGAUGCACUGAGCAAGGCGUCAUCAUUCUGUCCAGCCCCAGACAUCUUUACUUGCGACGAGGAUAUGCCAUCGGUUCCAACGUCUUUGAAUGAACAGCUCGUCCCAUCCGUUCUCGCUAUGAUUGAGAUGUGGGUGGCCGAACAUCUUGAUGAGUGGCGUAAGGGCCAUCUGCAUGACGAGUUAUCUUGUCUCGGCAUCUGCACUCUAAUGUACCGCUAUCACGAACUGGCCAAACCUUGGUAUAGCGGCCGACCGGAAGGGAUAUCAAGAAUGGUCCUGGUCUGCAUCGAACUUUGGAUUGCAGCUGAUAAAGUUGCGACUAAUGCCCUUCCCCUACUUAUGGAAUACGAACACAAGAUCCCCCUCGAACUAUUCCAGGCGCUGCUGCUUGCAUUUCGAGAAGAUAUGGAGAGGCUGCAUCGUGCCGAGACUUAUCUCCAACAUCGACAAGAAGACGCCCAAUCACGCCAUAGACCAUCAAUCUUUGACUCCUACGGGGUGCCGAGGUCUUUUCCUGUGGAAUACUUCACACUUUCGCCGUCGCAUCAGAACCUCAUGAGAGACAUUGAACUGUGGGCUCAUACGCAAAGAAACCUUAAACGCGAAGAGUUUCGAGCGCUUCACGCCAAGUAUACCAGCCUGAUGCAACAGUAUGAGCAAGGGACGUGCGACACUUGGCAGUACUGGGAGGAUGGAGUCUCUUGUUACGAGCAUCAUCCACGGUGCUCUCGAUGCCAGCUGCAAAAAAACGCCUCAAACCUCUCGAUAGAGGUGCACGAGUGGCCACUGUCAAACAAACUUUUGGAAGCUCAGACAACAGUUUUUGAACUAGACCUGCCCAAGCACUUUGGCCAAUGGCGUGAUGCGACAGUCUUCAUCAUUAAUGACGUGCUUAGAAGCGCCUAUCAAUACUCUGAAGAAUCAGAAACGCCCAAUCCUCUGCGGACUUAUUCUGGUCUUUCGAGGUUCUUUCAGACAGACACGAACUUGCGAGUGCAUCUGCUGUCCAACGCAAAGCCCCAUAUCAGAACUCACCGACGCAAACGACCUAUUUCCACCAAAUUCGGUCGCGAAUUCCUCGAGCGCCUUCGAAGCUGCGUUUCACGCAUCAGGGAAAAUUGGCAGUCGAACAUUUCUUUAUGGAUCUUUGUCUUUCUCACAGCUCGUCUCAUGACAAUGACUACGCAGACACUGAAAGAGCAAGCUCUUCCCUUCUUGACUGAGUGCAGAACGAUCACUCUUGGGUGGCUGGCGAAGCUGCAGGCUAGAGCCCAUGAGACUAAAGAUGAAGCGCAAAGGACCCAGUUCCUACGGAUUGCCCUUCGGAUUUCGCUUAUAUGCGCAGACUCCUUCAAUUUGGACAAGCACUCUCUGCUCGAGAUUCUGCCUGAUUCCGAGCAGGCGGCUGUUUUGCUAGAAGCAUCCAUCAACAUCUACAACAAUGUAGGACUCCUACGCGAGGAGCCAGAGGAAGAUCUCCUUGAGAAGACAAUGUACGACCGAUGGGUGUUCACAUUGCACCGUUCACGACGGAUAAUCGUGCAAGAAGUCCUCUCAAGAGACAAUACUUGCCUAGACAUCAGCAUCAGUCGAUACUGGCCAGACUUUCGACGCGGCAGGGCUUGGCGCCUCGUUCCUUCCACUUGCAGUUGGUUUGAGACAGUAUCUGGCGGUAAAAGAGUUCACUUUAACAUACUCAGUGGAUCCCUUUUGGUUGAUGGAAGUCCCUUAUCCCGAUUGCCUCGCGAAUAUGAGGCUCAUCAUGACUUUCAAAAGGUGUUUGGACGCUUUGUACUUGAUGUCAUGCCCAGUACCGCCCAAGGAAUGCGCUUCUGCGGCUGCAAGACCUUUGCCGGCUACUCCGUCCAUUUUGGCGCGGUGAAAGAUGCAUCAGCAGACGGGGAUGAUCUGCUGAUCCGUCUGCAAGAUGAAACAAUGCGUCUUCCCACAUUGGAUAUUGUGCCUUCUCGGAUAUUCGCCCGAUCGUUACCGCGGACGUUUGCACAAAGCCAUGUUCAUUGGUACAACCAUGUUACAAAAAGCAUAGAAUUUCGUUCUAUAGAAAAUCCAUGGCAAUUCAGUCGCGAUAACUGGAUAAUGACACAGCAUGGUAACCUCUGGAAGCUCACCCGCCGUGAGAGGACAUCACUCGUUGCUCCAGACAGUGCAUCUGCAGCUCUUUUAGCGACCAUUUUUUCCCCUCUUGAAUCUCUUCUGAACCUGCAUAUUCUAUCUGAUGCAGAAGACAAGACUGCUGUAAUCGAAAUUCCAAGUCUGCAGCUCGAGUUCAGCCUGAAGCACGGAGAAUCAGUCAUCAGAUCACGCCAGUUCCGGGGCAAGCAGAUUGAUGCAAACCAGUCCAUGGAGACACUGGUGGGGUUCGGCAGCAAGCUCAUAUUGCAAGACUCUCAGAAGAAGGACGACCGAAUGGCGAUAAUCCCCGAAGGGAAGAUCAGCUUUCACAAAGAUCAUUCCGCUGGGCAUACGAGGGCAUGCGUGGAAUACGGUACGGCUCACCGUGUGCAGCAGUAUACGAUUGACAAGCAGCUUCGUCGCCUUGUUGAUAAUGCCACCGUUCACAGCAAGCUGUUUCUGGCUUACAUACAUGCGCUUACUUCGUAUUGCAUCCCCGACCCCUUCCUGAGUCGCACUGGAACAGAAGAGGCGUUGUCAAUACUGCAGUCGGCGUCGGUUCGGUCCAUCGACUAUCUGACUGAAGACAGCAUUCGGCUACUCUGUAAUAUUGCUGCUCUAACGCCUCGUCGCAAGUUCUACCCGGAGUACCUUAGGACCAUGCAGACAGUGACCUGGGAUUCUGACUUGAGCUUCCUGGCCCAAGAUUCACGAUUUUAUAAGAUUGUCAACGACAUUCUGGACGGAGUGUCAGCCUUGAGCUUCCUGCAUCCGCCCAAUGCAUCCAAGCUGUCCGAGGUCACGAGGCGGGCGGGUAUUGACGAUUUCCUCAUUGAGCGAGAAAUAUACGCAAGCUCACGCUAUCAAGUAACACUUUGUGGCGCUGAGGAUGAUGGGACAAUUCAGGGUGUCCAGUACCAAUCCAGAGAUCGAGGCACGUCACCUGAGGUGGCUCGUGCGAGCCAGAUCGCACUGAAAGUUCAUGACGGCGUCUCUCUUCUUCAACAGGAUUCACCCAACCAUGCUUUUGUCAACACAAUUUACCGGCUCCUCUCACAAGAAUCUGGAACGCCCGCUAAUAGGACUGCUCCUUGCUUGUUGGAGAUGGCAUAUGGAGGCCAAUGGCUCCAAGAUCCGAUGAAGUUUCUGUGCAAAUUCUGGUGCAGGCUACACUUUGCAUUUCAGGCGGACAGAGGAUGGUUGAACAAGUACCAGGUGAUGAUCUGGCUUACCACCCUGGCAUAUUCAACCAAAUGCGACAUGGAUGUCCUUCAAAGCCUAUUGAUGCUUUCACUCACCGAGCACCUACCGGCAACGCCUUUACCCGAGAAGUCAUUGUACCACCUUUCAGAAGGCUAUGAAUGCAAGCUUGAUACAUUGCAGAGCAUCAUUAAACGCGCUUCGAAGAAGUUCCAUGAUGGGUGCCCGGAAAAGGCCAUACCUGCCUACUGGAACGAAUCCCCAAUUGCCACGGCGCGUCGGCAGAAAGCAAUGUUCGAGUCUAACCAAAAGGAAUUGAUUCGUUCCUUCGUGGAUCAUCUUGUGAGUCAAUGGCCUUGCUCAACGCCGCUGCGACCGCAACAGCAUCAGCAAGAUACCUACAUCAAUGUAUCGGCUGCAAUGGUCGAGGUGCAAGCACAAUGGCAAGUGUGGCAUGAUAACCACAACUUCAGAGGUUAUCUGCAAGAGUUUGGUCGCCGUCUAGGCCAUUACCAGGUUGGAGACGUGAAUAUGCCACGCCGACUCCCCUCGCGUUACCCAGGCCCAGCUGCCCGCCCUCCUGGAUAUGUAUCAGCCAAUGACCUGUUCGCUAAGCCUCCACCCAUCAUCCCUACCACAGAUUCGUCCUUGAAUUUGGCCGCUCUAUCCACCACGGGUACUGACGAGAUGGGUGACCACAUGUUGUCGGGGAUGCUGCGGCAUCUGAAUCGGCAGGCAAAGUUUGACUUUGAGCGACGCUAUCUCUCGGAACUGGCGCGUAGUCUGGCGGAUCUGGGAAACUGCCGGGAGAUGACCUUGAACGAUAACCCCAUGUCUUUGCGAGCAGUAAUGUUUCAGUUGCAUUUGAGUCAUUGCGAGAUGCAUGUGCAAUCCAUGUACGAUGCCUUGUUAGGGGCAGUCGUGCAGAAGCAGGUCGAAAGGGAUGAGAGGGAGGUAACCGCUCGGAUCGCUGGCUUCUGGCCGAGGCUCUGCCCUACAUUCUUCCUUCAACAGCUUGGUCGGCAUCGAUGGCCGUCGCUUUCUAUGGCCUGGAAGAAGGCCAUCGUUGCAUAUGGAGUUGCAAUCACCGCCCUUCAGCAGGCGCAGAGAUUGGUGCAGCUGAUUGACAAAGACGUCGACCUCCUGCGCGAAGUACAAAAUCCAGGGCAUAGCUGGGACCCGUAUCAAUAUCCUGAGUGGCUAUUGUUGGAGUGCGAGAGCGGCAUCAUGAUCCGGCAUGUGCAACAUCAGAUUGCGGAGCGGAUGAUUUCGCCCGAGAACAACGACAAUGCCGUGAUGCAGCUCAACAUGGGUGAGGGGAAGUCUUCUGUUAUUGUCCCUAUUGUCGCAACCGCGCUCAGCAACGGCUCACGGAUUGUUCGCGUCGUUGUUGCCAAGCCGCAGGCGAAGCAGAUGCACCAAAUGCUCGUGUCGAAGCUUUCGGGUCUGAUAGACCGCCCAAUCUUUCGCAUGCCGUUUUCUCGAGCAAUUCGCAUGGAUCGAGAUAAAGCUGCUGUGGUCGAAGAGCUAGCCCGUCGGUCGAUGAGAGAAGGCGGAGUCAUGCUGGUACAGCCAGAGCAUCUGCUUUCUUUCCAGCUCAUGGGUCUGGAAUACCUCAUUGACGGGAAGGAGGCAGUCGGCCGUUGUUUGCUCAACGUCCAAAGACUGUUUGACCAAUUGUCCAGAGAUAUCGUCGAUGAAAGUGAUGAGAACUUCAAUGUCAAGUUUGAGCUCAUCUACACCAUUGGGCUGCAGCAGAGCAUUGAACAUACGCCGGACCGCUGGGUGGUGAUACAAGAGGUGCUUGACAAAUUCGUUGAAGUCUGUCUGGAGUUGAAGAGUUCCUUCUCCGAGUCGCUAGAGAUUGAUCAACUGUCUUCAGGGAGAUUCCCAAGGAUACGGAUACUACGUCCCGAUGCCGAGCAGGCCGUGCUCAGUCGCCUCGCUCGCUUCAUCUGUUGCACAGGGAUUACUGGACUCUCCAUUGCGCGGCAGCCCAAGCACAUAAGAGAUGCUGUAUGCCGCUACAUCACUCACAGCAGCCCAACAGCGCAGGAAAUCAGUGCCGUUGAAGAUAGUGCCUACUGGGGGGAUUCUACCAGACACUAUAUUCUCCUUCUCCGCGGCCUAUUUGCAGGCGGCAUUUUGGCGUUUGCUUUUGGCCAGAAACGGUGGAGAGUCGACUACGGCACAGACGCGAAUCGUGAGGCGAAAACCCGACUGGCUGUGCCAUUUCGAGCAAAAGACAAUCCCACCCCACGGUCGGAAUUCAGCCAUCCAGACGUCGUCAUCCUGCUCACAUGCCUCAGCUACUACUACAGUGGCCUUAAAGCCGACGAACUCUUCGAGGCGUUCGAUCAUCUCAUCAGAUCUGACAAUGCUGAUCUUGAAUACGGCGCCUGGGUCCAGACGGCACCGCAAUUACCUCGUGCAUUCCAUCUCCUGACGGGUAUCAAUAUCCGUGAUCGCGCGCAAUGUGUUGAGAGCAUCUUCCCAUUGCUUCGCUACUCGAAAGGCGCCGUUGACUACUUCCUUUCCCACUUGGUAUUUGCAAAAGAGUCCAGGGAAUUUCCUCACAAGCUGUCUGCCUCGGGCUGGGACCUGGGCAAGAAGAAAGCCAAUUCGACGACUGGUUUCAGUGGAACAAACGACUCAAGAUAUGUGCUCCCUUUGGCUAUCAAACAACUCGAUAUUCCAGCGCAAAACCACACGAAUGCGUUGGUGCUAGAGUAUCUGCUCCGACCUGAAAAUGGAAUCAGGCUAAUGUCGGAGGCGUCGAGAGGGGCUACUACCCUGGGAGCCGACUCACUUCUUGAGAUGGUGUCGGAAAUGGGGCCAAGAAGCCGCGUGAUCCUGGAUGUCGGAGCGCAGAUCAUUGAACUAAACAACCUGCAGUUCGCUCAAAGGUGGCUGAGUAGCAACGAAGACAACGCCUCCGUCCAAGCUGUCGUCUUCUUCAAUGAUGCCGAUGAGCUGACGGUUAUGGAUAGAUCGGGCAAAGUAGAGCCUCUUCAAUCAUCGCCGUUUGCUUCACAGCUAGAUCAGUGCCUGGUGUUCCUCGACGAGGCCCAUACUAGAGGCACAGACCUACGCCUCCCUUCGGACUACCAGGCGGCGGUAACACUGGGCGCAAACUUGACAAAGGAUAAGCUCGUGCAAGCUUGUAUGAGAAUGCGAAAACUCGGCAAAGGACAGUCAGUAGUCUUCUGCAUUCCCCGGGAGAUUGAGCAGAAGAUCUUGAUGCAGAGAGGUUAUGAGCCCUCAAGCUCGGAGAAGAUCACGGUGUCAGAUGUGCUCUGUUGGACUAUAUCUGAGACUUGGUUAGAUCUACGACGAACUGUUCCAUUGUGGUUGACUCAAGGAGUCCGGUUCUACGAGCAGAACACUCUAUGGGAAGAGAGCAGUCCUUCCGACAGCUCCUGUGACAGCACACUCUGGGCCAAAAAGUUUCUCGAGGCUGACGCUCAAAGUCUCGACAUCCGAUAUCGUCCACGAGCUGCCUUGGAAUCGUCAAAGCUGGUUCAACGCGCAGGCCCAGAAAUGAGGAUCGAGUUUGAGAAUCGUUGUCGGGAGUUCGGGUUGACAGAACUUCGCAGCUCCUCCCUACAGGAAGAACAGGAGAGAGAGCUUUCUCCUGAGACUGAGAGAGAGCGAGAAGUCGAGCCACCUCCGCAGGUCGAGCCUCGUGCACAUUCUUGUCAUGAAGAUCUUGUGCAUUUUGUCGAGCACGGAAAGUUCCCCCGCAACUUCUCCGCGUUCAAGAGAGCAUUUUUCGCAUUUCGGGGAACUUCAGCUGCCGAGCAUUUUGACAUGAGCGACUACCCGAGCAGCAUAUGGGCAACACAAGACUUUUGCGCGACGGUCAUAAUGAAUGAAACCGUCGAUAACGUUACAGACCUCUUCCAACGUCCCGUACAAUGGGUUUUGACAACUAGUGAUGCAAACAAUGUCAUCGACCAAGUUGUCAUCAUCAGCCCUUGGGAGGUGCAUCAACUACUCGAGAAGAUCGAAACCUGCAAAAAGGUCACUUUACAUCUCUAUUCCCCAAGGACAAACCUCGCCUUCCAGCCAUUAGACAGGCUGACUCUGUAUACGGUACCUACGAGAGAAAGAAAUCCUACGCUUCCGCAGGCAAUGAUGGUCGAGCUGAACAUCUUUGCUGGUCAACUGUAUUUGUCGUCGUUCCGUGAGUACGCGGCUUUAUGCGACAUGCUUGGUUUGGCACGGGGCAUUCCAGACGAUGACGUUGUUCUCGAACCAGACGGCUUCAUUCCCCACGGUGUAUUCGUUGGCGAUGUCAUCAACAGGUCGGCAUUCAAGAAGAGUCCAGUCCCGUUUCUCAAGGUGCUAAUGAAGAUACGACGCAACUGUGAGGUGAUUGAUAAGACGCAUAUGGGAAAGAUUCUGGAUGGCAUAUUGUUACUGCAGGAAGACUUUGACUUAGAGAAGGAAACGUUGUAG